UAUAUUUAGCAGAGAUAUCUCGAAGAAUGAAACACAACCAUAUGAAUGACUAUCUGAGAAAAUUGACACUAUUUUAGAACAUGAUGAAAUAGGAAAAUGCUUAUAGGAAAAGAACCAAAAACAAGAAAAAGUGAAAUGUAUGCAUAUAUUAGAGCAUGGAUGUCAGGAGAUCACUUUCUUGAUUGUUGCAACUUAAAUUUUUAUAAGGCCUAUGUUUAUCUCAUUAUAGUUAGUCUUUCAUUAACCAGAUAAGCUCUUAUUAUUGAUGCUGGUAUCGUGGUCUGACCUUUAGUUUUGAAUGUCACAUGACUUUGGUCUUAAAUUUGUGAUCAAUAUUUACAGAAAAUGCCCUUGCUCAGCAAUCAUGUACUUUACGAAAUCAGUUGGAGAUAUCACUUAAAGACAAUGCUUCAUUAUUUCUGAAAAUUGUUUUCUGCAGCCAGAGAAGACAAGUUGACUGCCUACAAUAGGUCAGUGGUGAACAACUUCCAAACUGAUUUUGCGAAGCAACUUGAUUUUCUUUCCAACUCAGUAGCAACAUCAGUGUAUCGGCAAAAUGAAUACAUCCAGUGUGUUGAGAAGUUCUGUCACAACUUUCUUGAAUCACAUGAUAAGUUGACAACCAUAUUCCAGUGGAACAAUCAAGAGCAGAAACAGAAAAGCUUUUUACUGAAUUGACUACCUUGAUCUCCAAUCACAUGGAUCGACAAAAAGAGAUGGUUCGAUUCUACUCUCAUGGUGGUUGGUGGUAUCUCUUCCUUUGGAUUUCUUAUCUAUAGUUUUCUUCUGAUUUUUACAAAGAAAUAUCAAUUGAGUAUCUUUGCUAAGUUCAGGUGGAUUUUCACACUGUCAAAAAUCUUAUAAGUUUUAAUGUUACCUUUUUUAAAAAAAAAAAAAAAAAACACCUUAUAAGUUUUCUACAAACAAGUGAUAAGUUCUUAUAAGUUUUUUCAAGUGCUCUAAGAAUUUAAAGUUUCAGCUGUGCGUUUAAGCAUCACAUAAUUUUUAUUUGUAGACAUGUUUAUGAACUUGAUUUCAUCAAAUUCGUAAAUGUUUACGAGCCAACUGGAUCAAUGCCAAUUUGGUCUUGAAGGAAUAGAUUGUCAACUGAGUUUGUGUAGUGUGUUCAAAACCUUGAUAGGUCUGUGAAACUCAACAUUAAAUGUGAUCAUUAAUGCGACAAGUUAUUGGACUACCCUGCUCCUUCUUUUACCAUGUAGGAAAACUGUCAUUAUGUUUUGACACUAUAUUUCAACCUGGUAAAACUGGAGGUCAAUAAGAAACCAUUGAAAGCAAGGUUGUAUUGAAGCUUGACCAUCUGAUGCACAUGUCUAUAUAAUCUGACUUUGCCAAAACUCCUUUUCUUAAUUUUAACUACUGAUGGAUCUUUAGAAGGAUGUAAGCGCAGAUAAAGUGAUCGCAAAGGGCCUUCCUGCUUCUCCUGCGGCAGCAGUGGGACAUGUUGUGUUCAGCGCUGAAGAUGCUGAAGCAUGGCAUGCUCAAGGGAAGAGUGCUAUUUUGGAGAGAACUGAAACAAGUCCAGAAGAUGUUGGAGGCAUGCAUGCUGCUGCUGGGAUCUUAACCGCACGAGGUGGCAUGACAUUUCAUGCAGCCGUUGUAUCCCAUGGUUGGGGUAAAUGUUGUGUGUCCGGGUGUGCUAAAAUUCGUGUCAAUUAGUCGGAAAACGUUCUCAUAAUUGAAGACAAAGUGAUUCAUGAAGGAGAUUGGCUUUCAUUGAACGGAUCAACAGGUGACGUAAUCUUGGGAAAGCAGCCACUAGCACCUCCAGCUAUGAGUGGUGAUUUGGAGAUCUUCAUGUCUUGGGAUGAUAAGAUCAGGCGCAUCAAGGUUAUGGAAAAUGCUGACACAGCAGAAGAUGCACUAGCAGCAAGAAAUAAUGGUGCUGAAGGGAAUGGUCUAUGCCGGACAGAGCACAUGUUCUUUGCAUCAGAUGAAAGAAUAAAAGCUGUGAGAAGGAUGAUAAUGGUAGCUACUACUGAGCAGAGGAAGGAAGCGCUCGACUCGUUGUUGCCUUACCAGAGAUCUGACUUUGAGGGCAUUUUUCGUGCAAUGAAUGGGAUGCCACAAAGUCCAGAAUACCGUCAACAGUUGCAAGACAUGAUGAAAUGCUGCAGCAAGUUAGAGGGAAGAUGAAAGAACUGCGGGCUUCUCGCCAAGAAUAUCACAUUGAGGGGAGCAGAAGAUCAUAACUAAACCAACCACUAAGCUGUUUGCCAUAGUUUCUGUAGGGAGAAUACAAAUAGUGGCUCGAUUUCCUUGUUUCUCCGUUGCUGGACGCAUUCUUUCUGUUUUGAUAAUGAUAAUCAUACUUGAUGAUUGCUAGAGGAUCAAAAAGUGGUUCUUGUUCGAAGUGAAUGAAGUAGUUUUGAGUUUGAUAAUUCUUCCAGUAAUGACCAUAUUGCUCUUAUGAGUUUUAUUUUGAAUUUAAUGCUAUAAAAGAAUGCUUGGGUA